GAGCCAGGGCGCAAAGUGGUGCUGGAAUCAGGCACAAUUGGAAUCCUUCACACGCUGUGUCACCCUCAGAUAAACUCAAAUAAGUUACUGGAGACAUCACCAGCUGUUGCUGGGAUACAGCCCUUCCCUCGGCCAUAGAACCCCCCCACCAUAUCUCCUUCUUCCUGGUGGGCACACGAAAGAGUUGUGGACACUCAGACCAGCGGCCAUCCUUGCUUCCUCCACACUCGAACCUACCCCUCUUUCUGCAGGAACUAAGAGUGGUUCAACUCAUUAUCCUGAAAAUCCAUUCCCCCAAGAAGAAGGGACGGAAAGACCUCUUUGUAAGAAAGGCGUGGAAAUCCCAUGAACGAGCCAGCAGAAAACCGAUUGGGGUGCAGCAGGACUCCAGAGCCAGAUAUAAGGCUCAGAAAAGGGCACCAGCUUGAUGGUACAAGAGAUGAUAAUGACAGCUACCAGGGAGAUUUGGAGCCUAUUUUAGAGGCAUUUAUUUGUUCUUCCCAUCACAAAAAAAGCUCUGAGGAACAUGAGUGCAAUGAUGAUGUUUCCCAGGAAGAUGAGGGGUUUAUGGGAAUGUCCCCUCUCCUACAAGCCCAUCAUGCUAUGGAAAGAAUGGAAGAGUUUGUUUGUAAGGUAUGGGAAGGUCGAUGGCGAGUAAUCCCUCAUGAUGUGCUACCAGACUGGCUCAAGGAUAACGACUUUCUUUUACAUGGACACCGGCCUCCUAUGCCUUCUUUCCGGGCCUGUUUUAAGAGCAUUUUCAGAAUACACACAGAGACAGGCAACAUCUGGACACAUCUCUUAGGUUGUGUAUUCUUUCUGUGCCUGGGGAUCUUUUAUAUGUUUCGCCCAAACAUCUCCUUUGUGGCCCCUCUGCAAGAAAAGGUGGUCUUUGGGUUAUUUUUCUUAGGAGCCAUUCUCUGCCUUUCGUUUUCAUGGCUCUUCCACACAGUCUACUGCCACUCAGAAGGGGUGUCCCGGCUGUUCUCUAAACUGGAUUACUCUGGUAUUGCUCUUCUGAUUAUGGGAAGUUUUGUUCCUUGGCUUUAUUAUUCUUUCUACUGUAAUCCGCAACCUUGCUUCAUCUACUUGAUUGUCAUCUGUGUGCUGGGCAUUGCAGCCAUUAUAGUCUCCCAGUGGGACAUGUUUGCCACCCCACAGUAUCGGGGAGUAAGAGCAGGAGUGUUUUUGGGCCUAGGCCUGAGUGGGAUCAUUCCUACCCUGCACUAUGUCAUCUCGGAGGGAUUCCUGAAGGCCGCCACCAUAGGGCAGAUAGGCUGGCUAAUGCUGAUGGCCAGCCUCUACAUCACAGGGGCCGCCCUGUAUGCUGCCCGGAUCCCUGAGCGCUUCUUUCCUGGCAAAUGUGACAUUUGGUUUCACUCUCAUCAGCUGUUCCACAUCUUUGUGGUCGCUGGAGCUUUCGUUCACUUCCAUGGUGUCUCAAACCUCCAGGAGUUCCGCUUCAUGAUCGGCGGGGGCUGCAGUGAAGAGGAUGCACUGUGAUACCUACCAGUAGCCAGGGACUGUGACCUGAACCACAGGGCCUGCAGCACCUGCAGGCCUCUCUGCUGGCUAGUGAUGCCAGUACCAGAGAGCCCCAAAACUGUGACAGCAUCAUGGGCUUUGUGACGGCCCAGGGCUCCACAUGGUACACGACUGAGAAGAGAAAAACAAAAAUAAAUCAUACCUCAAAGGAUGGAGUGCAUCAAUUUGGAGGAGAAAAUGGCCCAAACCCUGACUUAACUCCUGGGAUCUGCUGAUUGAGGGCUCUGCAAGACCUUUGGCAAACUGGCUUCUGACCCGUAUCCUAUUUAUUUGUAGAAGAUGGGGAAACAGUUUAGCUGCUGUUUCUUUCUUCUCCCUUUCUCUCUCCUUAAAACAAUAAUACGAACCAAUUUAGGUGAACGUUUAUAUCCAAUUAAGGGUGGGAGUGUGAUUUUAGAUGCUCUUUUGGGCAAACAAAGAAAUUAAUGUAAAUAAGAUUUCUAACUUACUGUUUAAAUAAGAAUUUAUAUAAAUGUUUAAAACAUAGGGGCAGGGGAGGGAGGGAGAAUUUUUGUAUAGAAUGAAACAUGCAAGUACCACACACUGUUUCAAUUUCGCACAAAGUGACUGUAGGACGGACGAUCAAGUGAGAGCCCCAGAAUGUACAAUGUCUUGGUGCAAUGAGGUGCCUUCUAAAGGCUGACAUACCUUGGGCCCUGGUGGGUCAGAGAGACCAUUCUCAAGUCUGAGGGCCCGUGGGAGCCGAGGUGGUGGGAGGUGGUGUGCAUUUUCUUAGUGGAAGCAGCAUGUGCACUCGAGUUAAGGUGGCGUUUGAGAGACUGGCUUGUAGGCUGAGAGUGACCAUUCUGAGGAGCAGAGCUCCCCACUGCUGUCGUUCAGUGUUGGUGAAGGGGUGGGUGGUGGAGACGUGGAGGAGCUCUGGAUACAUCAGCACAAGGGCUGAUGUGAUGACUUCUGGCAUCCUGUUCAGUUGGGUGGUAAUUCUUACCUGAUUAGAGAGAUGUGACUGUUUUCCAUAUCCUUGUUAUGGAGCUUUGGAACUUCCUGUAAGUUUGUAUUAAAAAUCACUGCCCUACCUUAAUCCCUGGCAUCAUACUUCGUGGCACAGAGCCAGCCACAAUGAGAGUCUUACUUGUUGAGGGUCACCUUGCACUCAUUUCGUAGGCUGGCAGCACACUUUGGAUCAGGAAGGAAGCAUUGGACCUUGGCACGCUGUUUUGAUAAAGCCUCUCAGGUGGCAGACACCUCAGCUCCCCUGUCACAAGAAAGCGGGUGGAACUCUGGUGAGGCAAAAUGUACCCACCACGGCACUAUCCCCACUCCCCGAACCCCACUCUGCAGGCCUUGUUUAGUACGCACUGUAAAAGGGAAUGGCAUGGUAUUGCCAGGAAGUCCAGGAGGAUGCUUGAGUCCAUGUUUUUGAGUUGUUACUAGAAAUGAAAAAUGAUUGCUCUUGUCCCAGGUCUACAGUGUUAUGUUGUCAAAGGGUAGGGGUAGGGGAGAAAGAUCUCUGAUCUUGGCUUGUAAGUGAACUCCUAAAACAGCGUUGUCUUAGGUUACUGUCACCACAAACUUCAGGGGAUUAUGUUGCAUCCUGGGGAUUGUGGGUAUUAGAACCGAACAUUGAGACCCUAGCCUGGGGACUGACAUCCUCAAAUGGAUGUUUUGGAGCAUGGGAAGGCCCUCCCAUUUAUUCAGAAUUUCUUGGUUCUAUUUCUCCUUUCCCCUCCGUCUCCAGCACAAGCUGAAAUCCAGGAAGAAAGAAUCCAGUCUUGAACUUGGGAAGGACUUGAGAGUGUUUUGGUUCUCCAUAAGGUCACUGCCUUGGUGGUGCUAGGUGGGCCAAGCCAAAGACUCAGUGUGUGGGUUGGUGCCAUGCCUGACGGGAGUCAAGAGCAGUAUUAAAUCCCUUUGAGAAAACAUAGUACAACAGGACUGUGGCCAUCUGGAAGGAAGCUCACUUGGUUUCCUGGGAGCAAUAGCACAUAUCAAAAGCCAGACUUGUUUUUCAGUCAUGCAGUUUGGGAUGCAGGGAUGAGCCCUGUAACAACACCAGGUAGCUGUCUUGGGCCCAGUCUCCCCACACCCCACAAUGGGAGGAAGCUGUUCAACAUAGCACAAACCCUAAGGAAAAUGAAGUUAACACCUCCAGUAUGUAACCCAGUAAAAACCUCCCUCUUUCGGGUGUAUCUGUGUGUGGGCCUGCCUGGGCCCAUGUAUGUGUGUGUGUCAACGUGAAGCUCACCCCAACAGCCUCGAUGUGCACUGACCAUACAGUGCCCGCUGAGAACUCUCACCAGGUUGGCGCCUGAAUGCCUUACUCUCAGCGGUCAGAGGCCUGCUUGCUCCGUGCAGAGCUUUACUUUUCUUUUUUGGCCCUAGGCUGCUUAGGACCUCUACAGCUUUGUUCUUUCACCAUUAAACAGUGGCCUUUUUCAGUAUAUCCACCUUCUCCUUUAUAAAUUGCUGAAGCCACAAAGCACAUUUUGGGGGGAUCUUAGAAGGCUGGGGUCCCAGAAAGGCACCUGUGUGAUGAUUCCAUUCACCAAGGGGUUUCCCUACUUGCUGUAUUCUCAAUCUCUUCUAAUAAAAAGAAUCAAAUGGAA